AUGAAGAAUGGCGGCGGAUUUCAACUAAUCUUGAGCUUUAAGUAAGAAUUCAGAGCCUUUGCCCAAGAUUGUCCAUACAAUCGAGACUCAUCGUAUUUACCUCAAUUUCCUUUCAGAAACGCCGAAAACAAUGAAAAUGUGGUGUUCAAACAAGACGGACAGAGGUUCGGCACUUCGCAACGGACGCUGAAACUUUUUUCAAACGCCAAAUACAAGAUACAUAUCACUGCGAAGCCCGGAGGCGAUUUUCAGUAAGAUUGUGCUAUGAUUUGACGAAUACAAAGAGCUCAAUUCUGCAUCGUAUUUUUCAAUACAUUAAAUUUCAGUAAUCUCCAUUGUGGCGGUUCGGAUCUCGAGUUGAUUCCUGAUGCUCCGGAUUCGGGAGAGUACACAGCCCUUUGGAAUACGACAGGAAUCGACCCGAAUAAGAAAGGAGAACGGCAGGAUCUUCUGUUCGUUUUAUCGGUAAGAGUUUUUGUGGUACCUUUGCAACAGAAUGGUUAACUAAACGCAGCGUACAAAUUGUGUUUUUUAGUAGGGUCUCUAUUUUCACAGAUACCAUAAAGGCCCUUAUAUAUGACUGGAAAUUUCAAUGUCAUACACCGAGAGAUUCAUUUUCAGGGCCCAGCCGGAUCACUCCGGAAACAACUCCAAACCAAAUUCUACAACCGAGGCGACAGUCACGCCGAAUGGGGCCAUAAACUAGAGCAACUGAUAUGGAGUUGUGCUGUAGAUGCGACUGGGACGAUAACAGUGGUCGAUGAACAGAGUUUGUAA